AUAACUAAAGAUUUAUAAACUUUUUUAGUUAUUUCUUAACAACACUUUUCUCAAUUCAAUUUAUUUUAAAUUUAAAAAAAAUUUCAAUGAUGGCAUUAAAUGGAGAAUUAGCUGUAUUAAGUGUAUCCAACAAAACUGGUUUACUUGAUUUUGCCAAACGCUUGAAUGCCAUUGGUCUGAAACUUGUGGCCAGUGGUGGUACCGCUAAAUUAGUUAGAGAUGCAGGAAUACAAGUGUCUGAUGUUUCGGACAUUACCGGAGCACCAGAAAUGUUGGGCGGACGAGUCAAGACAUUGCAUCCGGCUAUUCACGCGGGAAUAUUGGCACGAAAAACACCAUCAGAUGAACUGGACAUGAAAAGACAAAAUUACCGAUACGUUAAUGUUGUGGUUUGCAAUUUGUAUCCAUUUAUUGAGACCAUCAGUGCUCCAAAUGUUACGAUUGCCGAUGCAGUAGAACAGGUAGAUAUUGGUGGGGUUACACUAUUGAGAGCAGCCGCCAAAAAUCAUGCCAGAGUUACAGUCAUUUGUGAUCCAAAUGAUUACGAAAUUGUCGCCAAAGAAUUGGAGACUAAUAAAGCUGUUUCAGAAGUGACACGAAAACAAUUGGCAGUUAAGGCUUUCAAUCAUACGGCACAAUACGAUGCGGCCAUUUCUAAUUAUUUUCGGUCACAAUACACUUCAAAUGUAUCCCAAUUGACACUUAGGUAUGGUAUGAAUCCGCACCAAAAACCGGCCCAAUUGUACACAUUUGAUGAUAAAUUGCCGCUAACUGUUGUCAAUGGAUCGCCCGGUUUUAUCAAUUUAUGCGAUGCUCUCAAUGCCUAUCAAUUGGUCAAAGAGCUUAAAAAAGCAUUGGGAUUACCGGCAGCGACAUCGUUCAAACACGUGAGUCCUGCCGGUGCCGCCAUUGCCGUACCAUUAAGUCGAGAACAGUUGAAACUAUGUAUGGUUGAAGAUAUGGAAAAAGAGUUAACACCGAUUGCUACAGCAUAUGCCAGAGCUCGUGGAGCAGAUAGGAUGUCAUCAUUUGGAGAUUUCAUAGCUCUCUCAGACAAGUGUGAUGUGGUAACCGCUAAAAUAAUUUCUCGAGAAGUGUCUGAUGGUAUUAUUGCACCAGAAUAUGAUGUCGAGGCACUGAAUAUCUUGAAAAAGAAAAAAAGUGGUUCUUAUUGUGUUCUUCAGAUUGAUCCCAAUUAUGAAUCACAAAACACAGAAAUUAGAACACUAUUUGGUCUAACUUUAGAACAAAAGAAGAACGACGCCGUCAUCGAUAAGAAAUUAUUUUCCGGAUCUAAUGUUAUCACAGAAUCAAAACCUUUAACCGAUGAAGCAAUUAGAGAUAUGAUUGUAGCGACCAUUGCUUUGAAAUACACUCAAUCCAAUUCAGUUUGUUAUGCAAGAGAUGGACAGGUGAUUGGUAUCGGUGCCGGACAACAAUCUCGUAUUCAUUGCACUCGUUUAGCAGGAGAUAAAGCAGACAAUUGGUGGCUCAGACAACACCCGAGGGUAACAAAUGCUGUUUUUAAGAAAGGGAUCAAAAGAGCGGAAAUCUCUAAUUAUAUCGAUGACUACGUCAAUGGAAAUGUCGGUAAAGAGAUGGACUUAAAUCAAUGGAAGAAUGCAUUUGAAAAUCCGCCGCCACUUCUAACAGAAGAAGACCGCAGUCAAUGGAUUAGUCAACUGAAAGGAGUGGCUCUUAGUUCUGAUGCUUUCUUCCCGUUCCGCGAUAACAUCGAUAGAGCCCAUCAGUCGGGUGUUGAUUACAUCGCAAGUCCCGGCGGUUCAACCAAUGAUGGCUCAGUCACAGAGGCCUGUAAUGAACACAACAUUACUUUAGUUCACACAGGACUCAGACUUUUCCAUCACUAAAAAAUCUGUUUAUUAGUUAUUAUAAUUUUUUAAGUAUUAAAAAUAAAAUUUCUAAUAGAAUAAAAUUUUUAA